AUGGUUGGAUUCGCUAUGGUGCAAGUCGAAACGUCAAAGUCUUUUAGACAACGGUUGUUGCUAUCCACUCUCAGUGGUAAAGCAGUACGUAUUGGCAGUAUCAGAGAAGAUGAAGAUACUCCUGGUCUACGAGAUUACGAAAUCAGCUAUUUGAGACUAUUGGAGAAAGUCACUAAUGGCUGUGUCAUUGAAAUCAGUUACUCAGGAACAACUGUCGUUUAUCGGCCUGGUGUCAUCACUGGGGGCAAAUUCACACACGAUUGCCCAAACUCUCGUGGCAUUGGAUACUUUUUGGAACCACUGAUUGCAUUGGCUCCUUUUGCAAAGACGCCCCUCGCUGUCACGUUGAAUGGAGUUACGAAUGAUAAUUUGGAUGUAUCUGUCGACACUCUACGGACUGUAACUCUCCCACAAUUGAAACGCUUUGGCAUUGAAGAUGGCCUUGAACUCAAGAUCUCAAAACGAGGCGCAUCUCCUAACGGUGGUGGCCAAGUCUUUUUCCGAUGCCCAACCGUCAGACAACUCAAAACACUACAAUUGACUGAGGAGGGAACCAUAAAACGUAUUCGUGGUAUUGCGUAUGCCACACGGUUGUCUCCACAAAUGGCAAACCGAGUUGUUGAAUCUGCUCGAAGUCUCUUGACUCGUUAUAUUCCGGAUGUAUAUAUUUAUACGGAUGUGUACAAGGGACCUGAUAGUGGAAACUCUCCCGGUUACGCUCUGACUCUGGUAGCAGAAUCAACCACAGACGUCCUCCUAUCCGCCGAAUGUGCCUUCCGUCCUCGUCCAGCACCCAAAUCCGACAUGAUGAUUCCUGCACUAACAUCUGACAAACCGCACAACAAUCACCACCAAUAUCAACACAACAAUGACCCACAAUAUCCAUCACCACCAGGAUCACCAGCCCAACCCAAAAUAAUAACAGAAGUAGUUGCAGACUCUCUACAAAACGAUUAUGCGUUCCCGACACCUGAAGAUUUGGGGAUCCGGACUGCUCGGUUGUUGUUGCAAGAGAUUAAGAAGGGUGGAUGUGUUGAUACUAUUUCGCAGUGGAUGGUGUUGUUGUUUAUGGCUAUGGGGCCGGAAGAUGUUGGGAAGGUUCGGUUGGGUGCUUUGUCUACAUUCACACAAUCAUACUUACGAGACAUUCAAAAAUUCUUGGGCGUGACAUUUAAAAUCACACCCGACCAAGAAACACGAACAGUCCUAUUAUCUUGUGUUGGAUCUGGAUCACUCAACGUAUCCAAAUCCGCAUCCUAG